AUGCUUGUCAAUGAGUACCCGGACGUAUUUCCAACAGAAAUUCCAGGAUUACCACCGGUGAGAGAAGUGGAAUUUUUCAUUGAUUUGCACACAGGAACCGGUCCUAUUUCAAUUGCGUCGUAUCGAAUGUCGCCAUUGGAAUUAAAUUUGAGAGGAGCCGCGGUAUUUUCAAAGAUUGAUUUGAAGUCGGGUUACCAUCAAAUUCGAGUAAGGAAAGAAGAUAUUCAGAAAACUGCUUUCAUAACCCGUUAUGGAUAUUAUGAAUAUCUUGUUAUGCCGACUAAAGAACAACAUGGAGAACAUUUACGUCAAGUUCUUGAGAUUUUGCGCGAGAAACAAUUGUGUGCCAAUCUAUCGAAGUAUCAUUUGAGCAGAAUAGAAAUGAAUGAGGACUCCAUCCCCCUUCAAGAUGACUUCUUUGAUGAGCAAAUACUACAGUUGCAUGAGGUUUGGAAUACCCCAGGCCAUCAAAAGAUAUCAAGGCACUCGUUUUUGCAAUCGCACCAUGGACGUUUUGCUUCAGAAAAUUUCUGCAGGUCUUGCAAGGGUGCAAAAGUUGUCAAAGGAACAAAGACAGUCAAGUUGGAUAUUUUUCGUGGUAAUUAUAAUUUCAAAGAUUUUGGAAUGUAUUGUUGUAGCUCGUUAUGUAGGCCAUGGUCAUAUGGCAUACAAGGAGGAAAAUGCUUCAUGAAUGAGAAAUUUUCACAUUGA